AUGUCGGACGGAAAGAGCGCAGCAGCUCGACCGAAGAGUAUACGAGAACAACAGGCGGGAGCGAGCUUUCACGGCAUGCCCGGCAGGUGGCCUGCGUCCAGUGAUGCGGGUCAAUAUGUAAGAGAUGGUAAAUCCCUCCAGAGCGAAGCAGCAGUGGAGGAUGCUCGGCCCAGUGCGAGCCGCGGAAUUCCUAAGAGAAGGGCAAGCAUGACGGAUGAGUCUCGGACAGAUAGCGCAACCGUUGGUGGAAAGGAGACGAGUCAAGAGGAUGUAGGAGCGAACAUCCAAAGGAUCCAAAACCGUUACAUUGAGCUGGAGAAAUACCGUGACGAGCUGGUGGUGCUCUACAGCGCCCGCAAGACUCUCAGAGACCUCAUCAAAGACGCCAGUCUCGAAGCAAGACGACAAGGCAAUGCGGGCUUUGAUAAUAAGAUUGAAGAGCAGUGGACACAAUGUAUCAGCCUUGCGAACAUCUGUGUGACGAGUAUGGAAACGGUACUUGCAAAAGUCGACCGCGAUCUGCACGACCUGUUACAGGCGGAGCUGGCGAUUAUCACCGGGCUGGCUUGA